GAACCGCUGUGCGUUAGUGUGAAGUGAAUGGUUAAACUUAACUGAAGAAAACUAAUAGCUAAGCCUUUUUUGUAAAGUUUCGCUCUUCCUCGAUCAAUAUCGGAGUUCGAAUGCAAGUUUUCAUUUUUUGCUCCUCACUGAGUGACUUUUGUCGUCGGUUAGCCAUUUAGCCUCCAAGCUAACGAGAGCUAGUUAGCGAAGGUAUGCUAACUACAGUUUACUCCCAUUAAUCUCAUCAAACAGAGACUGCAUACGCAGAUAUAUUGGAACAUUGCUGAGUUUUUUUAGAUUGUACUGUUGUAACCAGCAGAGGAUAUAAUGGGGUCGUCAAAGAAACACAAGGAAAAGAGUCGCGACAAGGACACAGAAGAGCGCCGUCGUGAACAUAAGAAACAUCGCCACAAGGAUAGAGAUACUUCGGAUCGAGAUGGGACUCGGGAGAAAGAGAAACGAAAGCGCUCCAGGUCCAGAGAAAGAAGUGGAAGGGAGAGCCGCGGCAAAGGUGAAAAGAGCAGCGGCGAGCCACGAGUGAAAAAGGAGAAAAUUGAUCUUGGCUAUGAGGAGAGCAAUACAGAAGUGGAACCACAGUCUGCAAGCGGAGAUGCGUCUCUCAGCAUUGAGGAAACAAACAAACUCAGAGCGAAGCUGGGUCUGAAGCCUCUCGAGUUAAAUGAGAACAAGAAGGAGCUCGGGACCAAAGAGGAGCCAAUGGUGGCUGCGACCAUAAAUCCUGUUCUCAUCCAAAAGCAGAAAGAUAUGAAAGAGAAGCUUGCAGCCAUGAAAGAAAAACGCAUCCUGAAUCAGAAAUUAGGAAAAGUAAAGACCCUAGCUGAGGAAGACUGGUUAGAUGAUACAGCUGCUUGGGUGGAGAAAAGCAGAAAGAUGGCAAAAGAAAAAGAAAUGGCAGAGAAAAGAGCCAAACUUCUGGAGGAGAUGGAUGAGGAAUUUGGUGUGAGCAGUCUGGUAGAGAAGGAGUUCGCACAAAGCAGAAGUGAUGCCUACUCAUCUCAAGAUCUAAAGGGACUCAAAGUGCAGCACAAGGUGGACUCCUUCACCGAGGGUCAGACAGUCAUCCUGACCCUACAGGAUAAAGGUGUACUCGAGGAGGAAGAAGAUGUGCUGGUAAAUGUGGGGCUGGUGGACAAGGAAAAAGCAGAUAAGAAUGUGGAGUUGAAAAAGAAAAAGCCAGAUUACAAGCCCUAUGAAGAGGAGGAGAGUGUGGAUGACAUGGUUACCUUUAAGCCCCGUUCUGUACUUUCAAAGUACGAUGAGGAAAUUGAGGGUGAAAAGAAAAAGAGCUUCCGGUUGAGUACAGGGGGCUUUGCUGACGGGGAACGAGAGCGGGAACUCCAGGCCAUGAGAGAGACUCUACGAAAUCAGGCCCAGUCCUUGGAAAUGCCUGCUCUCACCAUCGCCUCAGAGUAUUACACACCUCAGGAAAUGGUGGGCUUCAAAAAGACAAAACGGCGUGUGAAGAAGAUCAGGAAGAAGGAGAAGCAGACAGCUGCUGAUGAACUUCUCCUCGAUGACACUCGCAGCUCAGAUUUUGGCUCCAGGACACGUGGUCGUGGCCGCAAACAGUUGGAUGACAAUGAGGAAGAAGUAAAGGAGGAGGAGAGCAGUCUGCCACAUGAUACCCCGCAGAUGUCUGAUGACAUCAGGAUGGCUGAAAUGGACAUAAGUGAUGAAGAAGACUUCACACUUCCUGAGUCAGCUGUAAUUGAGGAGGAUGAGGCAGAGCAGGAGCUGCAGAAACAACUGGAGAAGCAGAGGAAGCUGAAACAAAAGCAGCUUCUAAAAGAUUCUGGGGAGAAAGUGGCAGAACAGAUUAAAGUGCUUGGUAAUGGUGAGAAUGACAAUGAUCCUGAUAGGAGGAACAACAUUGUUUUCAACGCCACCUCAGAGUUUUGCAGAACUCUGGGUGAUAUUCCAACUUAUGGACUGUCAGGCAACAGAGAGGACCAAGAAGACAUUAUGGACUUUGAACAGGAGGAAGAGAAAGAUGAUGCUGGAGAUUCAGACUCUGAAAUGGAUGAGAAUGUUGGAUGGAGCACAGUCAACUUGGAUGAAGAGCAAAAACAACCUGACUUCUCCACAGCCUCAGCCACCAUUUUAGAUGAAGAGCCCAUUGUCAACUCCGGCCUUGCUGCUGCCUUGCUUUUGUGCAAAAACAAAGGUCUGUUGGACACUCAAAUGCAGAAGGUAGCCCGUGUCAAAGCCACAAAGGGCGCCCUGCCCAACGACAACUACUGCAUUGAGGACAAGAUGGGCUUUGAUGACAAGUACAGUCGCAGAGAAGAAUACAGAGGCUUCACUCAAGACUUCAAGGAGAAGGAUGGGUACAAGCCUGACGUUAAGAUUGAAUAUGUGGAUGAGUCUGGGCGGAAACUCACUCCAAAAGAAGCUUUCAGGCAGCUUUCACAUCGAUUCCAUGGGAAAGGAUCUGGAAAGAUGAAGACAGAGAGAAGGAUGAAAAAGCUGGAGGAAGAGGCACUGCUGAAGAAGAUGAGCAGCAGUGAUACUCCUCUGGGGACUGUUGCCUUGCUUCAAGAGAAGCAGAAGUCUCAGAAGACACCAUAUAUUGUGCUUAGUGGGAGUGGGAAAAGUAUGAAUGCAAACACCAUCACUAAAUGAGUGAAUGGAGAAGAGUGGAUUAUCUUUAAUACAAACGUACACAUUCAUACACAGGAUGUUUUAAGUAAAGUAACUGCUAUAAUGUCAUGCCCCAGUACAUACAAGUGUAACUGCUGUAGUAAGAAUUGUUGAAUAAAAUGAAUACAAAUAAGAGAAA